AUGGUCAACCUCCGAUCCCAGAAGCGCCUCGCCGCCUCGGUCCUCAAGUGCGGUCAGCGCAAGGUCUGGCUCGACCCCGCUGAGCAGAACGACAUUGCCAACGCCAACUCGCGCGCCAACGUCCGCAAGCUGAUCAAGGAUGGUCAGAUCAUCCGCAAGCCCGUCGUCGGUGGCUCGCGCGCCCGCACUCGCGAGCUCCUCGCCGCCAAGCGCGUCGGUCGCCACACCGGCACCGGUAAGCGCAAGGGUACCGCCGAGGCCCGCAUGCCCACCAAGGUCAUGUGGAUGAGGCGCCAGCGUGUCCUCCGCCGCCUUCUCAGGAAGUACCGCGAGUCGGGCAAGAUCGACAAGCACCUCUACCACGAGCUCUACCUGAAGUCGAAGGGUAACGUCUUCAAGAACAAGCGUGUCCUCAUGGAGCACAUCCACAAGGCCAAGGCUGAGAAGGCGCGAUCCAAGCACCUCGCCGACCAGAUGGAGGCCCGCCGCCAGCGCAACAAGAACCUCCGGGAGCGCCGCGCCGUCAGGAUCCAGGAGAAGCGCGCUGCCAUCAUCGCCGUCGAGAACGAGGCCGAGGAGAAGAAGUAA